GAACCGACAAGUGUUAAUCCUCUUCCCCUCCCUCAACCACACACACACACACCCCUCCACCAUCACCACCGAGCCGCUGGGACUGCGGCUUGUACCGAGAGAGCGGGCGGUUUGGCCCGGGUCCUGGGGCUGUGUGACUGCGGGAGUCCGGAAAGGGUUAAGUCGGGGAGGCGCUCUGGAGGGAGAGAGAGCGGAGAGAGAGAGGGAGGGAGAGAGAGGAGGUAGGUGGGGUCCGGUCGCAGUUGCUCGCUGCCGUCACAAUCUGCGGCGCAGGGCAAGCGGGUACCCUGCCUGGGAACAGCCUUGGCGUGAGAGAGGAGAGAGAUCCCCGCACGACAGCAAUAAACACGGAGUCGGGGAGGGGGGGAGACGGAUCGAGUCACGCGAAACGGGGGGGAUUAAAAACGCGAAAUCUGCGACGCCAGCGAAACACAGCUUCCGCGCCUCUCGCCUCGACACAUCCGAGGCGCUCGGCUGGAUUUAAAAUUAUUUUAUUUUUUGUUUGGGGAGGGGAGGGUCUCCCCCCCCCCCCCGAUGUGGUGGAAGGAAAUUGAAAAAAGAGUGCCCCCCUCCUCCACUCCAUCGCCCUCCCUCCCUCAGUGCCUGCCUGCCCCCAGUCGGUGUCGACCGCAAGCGUCGCAGGGCAAGAGGAGACUGUAGCCACCGAGGCAGGAGGACGAGGGCGGUCCGGUCCGGUCCGUUUGCGCUGUGGAGGUGAGGACGCGCUCCUCCUUGCCCGUGAAGAUGUCGCGCCUGUACGGGGAGAGCGGCUGACGACGCCAGCCUGUUCCGUGCGGGAUUUGUACCGGCGUAGCUGGGCUGUUUUUUUGGCGUGUGGGUGUCGCGGUAUUUUUUUUUUUAAAGAAAAAACUUCAGUUUUUUUUUUGCCUCCCUUCUUGCCUACCUUCUCCAGUUUCGUGGAGUUUUUUUUUAAAUAAACAGUUUUGUGGCGGGGUGCGGGAGAAAAGUUGGCACCGCGGGACCCGUCUGGAGCAGGGAGCGCAGCCCGGGGCCCGCUCGGGAGCACACGGAGGGGGAGACGCGCCAGCAUGCGAAUCGCCGCCUCUCCAGCCAGCGCUUCCACGCACAAAAACCGCAAAUGAAGUUGUUCUCGGACCAUGCGGGGAGACCCACUUAGUUUGCUGCUGCUGCUGCCCCAGACCCCACACUGAAAUCACUGCCCGUUACUUCAUCUACAACCACAGUGAUUGGUCUUCUUGCUGGGACGGAACUUUGCUGUUUGUUUUUUUUCUCUCUAAAAGAUCAAAUCAUCAGUACAGCCAAACUUUUUUUUUCCCCCAGCAAGGCUGGGUGGGGUGGGGGGGGGAGAUCUCCCACAGUCACUACCUCUAAGAUGUUGUUUGACAGCUAAUCAGAAGAAGUUGUGCGAGUAGUUCUUGUUGCUCCUGCCACCGAGAGAAGAUUUUGUUGUUGUUGUUGGGAUAUUACUUUCAAUCGGGUUUUUUUUUAUUUUUAUUUUUUUUGGAGUCGCCAACACGCAUCAUGUAUGAGAGUGUGGACGUGGUGGGGUUAAAUCCCAGUCCGAACCCGUUCCUAAUGGUGGAUUACUACAACCAGAACCGAGGAUGUUUAAUCCAGGAAAAGACGAUCGUGGCCGGAUCGCACCACCCUUACGGCAGCUCCAUCAGAAACCAGCACUGGACCGGCUCCAAUCACUCAAUAGAGACCCAGAGCACCAGCUCGGAGGAGAUCGUGCCAAGCCCCCCCUCGCCGCCCCCUCCGCCCCGUGUUUACAAGCCCUGCUUCGUGUGCCAGGACAAGUCUUCGGGGUAUCACUAUGGGGUCAGCGCCUGCGAGGGCUGCAAGGGCUUCUUCCGGCGCAGCAUCCAGAAGAACAUGGUGUACACCUGCCACCGCGAGAAGAACUGCAUCAUCAACAAGGUGACCCGCAACCGCUGCCAGUACUGCCGGCUGCAGAAGUGCCUGGAAGUGGGGAUGUCCAAGGAGUCCGUGAGGAACGAUCGCAACAAGAAGAAGAAGGACGAGAAGAAGCAGGAGUGCACGGAGAGCUACGUGCUGAGCCCCGCCACCGAGGACAUGAUCGCGAAGGUCCGCAAGGCCCACCAGGAAACCUUCCCCUCGCUCUGCCAGCUGGGCAAAUACACUACAAAUAACAGCUCGGACCAGCGCGUGUCUCUGGACAUAGACCUCUGGGACAAGUUCAGCGAGCUCUCCACCAAGUGCAUCAUCAAAACCGUCGAAUUCGCCAAACAGCUGCCGGGCUUCACCACGCUUACCAUCGCAGACCAAAUCACCCUGCUCAAAGCCGCCUGCCUUGACAUCCUGAUUCUGCGGAUCUGCACACGCUACACACCUGAACAGGACACCAUGACGUUCUCGGACGGGCUGACGCUGAACCGCACGCAGAUGCACAACGCCGGCUUCGGGCCGCUCACCGACCUGGUGUUCGCCUUCGCCAACCAGCUGCUGCCGCUGGAGAUGGACGACGCAGAGACCGGCCUGCUCAGUGCCAUCUGCCUGCUCUGUGGGGACCGGCAGGAUCUGGAGCAGUCCGACCGCGUGGACACGCUGCAGGAGCCCCUGCUGGAGGCCCUGAAGGUCUAUGUGAGGAAGAGGAGGCCACACAAGCCACACAUGUUCCCCAAGAUGCUGAUGAAGAUAACAGACUUGAGGAGCAUCAGCGCCAAGGGUGCGGAGCGCGUCAUCACUCUGAAGAUGGAGAUCCCGGGCUCCAUGCCCCCGCUCAUCCAGGAAAUGCUGGAGAACUCUGAAGGCAUGGACUCCCAGGGCAACGGCCUGGCGCGAGUCAGCGGGCCCCCUCCGGGGAGCUGCAGCCCGCAGAGGAAACCGAACGAACUUAAUAGAGGAUUGUCGUCUGAUUUUUUUUCCUAUUACAACUUUAAAAGACAGAUUUUCUUAUAAAAGCUAUAUAAAUAUAUAUAUAAAAAAGGAAUGAAUGAGGUUGAGUUAUGAGAAGGAGAGUGGACAGAAGGGGAGGGGGAAAGAUUUUUGCAGAUGUUUUCUCACCGUUUCUGAGAUUAGAUGCAAUUGUUUUCCUUCACUGAUUUAAUCUUUUCAUACCUGUGAUAUUAACAGAAGAAUACGUGGCUGUUUGAUCACCAGCUAAUAUUGUUUUAUUGAUGGGGAAAAGAAAAAAUACAGAAUACAUUUAAUUUGCAUAUAAAAAAUGUUGGACACGAUUGUAACACAAGACUAUUCCAGGUUGGGUUAAUUUUUGAUUUCUUUAUAAAAACAAAUGAAAAGUAUCCACAAAUACUAUUAAGGUCACAGGUCCUUGAUAAACGAUGAAGAUCUUUAUUAAGGUGGAUUUUAAGUAGCCUCUGAGAUAUUGUAUAUAGGCUGUAUUCAUUUCUUUUAAACUAUGAAGAGUUUAGCCUUCACUUGUUAUUGCCUUUUUUUUUGUUUUGGUUUUUAUUUUAUUUUAAGGAAAAGUCAUUUUAAGCACAUUUUAUUGAAGGAAUCGCAAGGAUGUACACUGUGUAGGCCACUUAGAUAAGGGCAAGACCUAUAGACAUCACAAAUAGGAGGGCACAGUACUUGUUCACGAACAGUGGUAAAAUGAUUUUCACUUCACCCUUAAAUAAAAAAAAAAACUCUUGCACCCCCCCGACUGGUCCAUUUGCUUUCUGAACUGCACGGCGAGGGGGUAAGAUCAGCCUGGGUAAGAAACCAGAUAGGGGGGUUGGCCUGGGUGGGAUCAGAAGAGACGAUCACUGCACGUGUCAGUCUUUCUCCAGAGGAGUAAGGUGUAGCUUCGUAAAGGAACGCAGGGGUGGAGGCAACAAUCGGAAUAGUAAAAGGAGUUCAGGGAUGCUGCCUGUGCUCUCCUGAACUUCCAGUCAAGGCACUCGCAGUUGGGUAGCUGCCUGCCCUUGGGAAACGCUGGGAAGGCUCUUUCCCUGUGGAGCUCUGCGGUCUGUGGAGACCUCCCAGCUCCCCGCCCCAGGAAGGGGGUGUUCGCUUGGCGAUCCGGCCUCCGAGCGCCGCGGGCCUGAGCCACCCGAGCUCGUCGCGUCUGCGACGCUGGGUGUCCCCGAGCCUUUCGGGAGAGCGGGAAUGAGCAGGGGGAGUUUGGCCUGGGCAGUGCGCGCCGAUGAAAUGUCAGCAGUGUGGACGUUGGCCGCAGAGGUGGGAGCACUGCUGGGAUCACGGGAGUUUUAACCCUCUGCCUCUUCCCCUUUGACUCUCAGCCUUUCGCUCAGUCUCGGGAAUGCAAUAAUAAUUUGACCAUUUUGUCUAACCUGGAAUAGCUAGGGAAACUCAUUCAGUUCCAGAUUAUGAAAUACUGCAAUUUGUUUGAAUUUUGUCAGAUUACUGGGCAAUUUAGGGAAAAGAAAGUGAAAAUAAACCAGCAUUUGAUAAUGCC